UUUGGAAAACUGUUUGGAAAACUGCUCCGCUCCGCUCAGCUCAGCUCUCCAGUGUGUCCCGUUAUCGAAGUUGCCGCAGUAGCAGCAGCAGCAGCAGCCGCAGUCCAGUUUUUCUUCUAUUUUCCAAGCUCUCUCGCCGCGCUGCUCUCACCCACACAAGCAAACGAUUCACAGCUGAGCGAGCGUUGAGGAAGGCAAAGAGAGAGAGAGAGAGAGAGCGAGAGCCCAAAAGGUGCCUCUCUGGCAAAACUGAAGCUCCGUUUUUAAAUACGCUCCACACACCGAAAAUCCCGCAGUCGUACGCGGCCGCCAAAAAAAGCAUCGGACCAAAAGAUAGAAACAGAAAACGGCAAAGCAGAAAGAACACUUCUACUGAAACGCAGCCAUCAGCACUUGAAACUCCGCCAUAUGUAGCAAAGCAAGCGAAGAAAUAAAUUGAAAAUCUCUGUCCAACCAACAACAACGUCUUGAGUUAAAUCAAAAACCAUGUGCUGUGCUUAAAUUUAUUAAAAAAAAUAACCAGACAGAGCGAGAUAGGAAAGGAGAAAUAGAGCGAGAGAGAGCUGAACGGGGCGGCAAUUUGCGUUGAUUUAUUAGCAUGUAUUGAAUUGAAAUGUUUAACUAGAAUAACAAAUUUAGUUGUUGAUACUUUUCCAAUUGUUUGUUAAACGCUGUCGCUGGAAAAUCGAACUCUCACCGCCACACAACAAACACCCAACACACGCGAAAUAAAAUCAAAUUCUUGUGAUUAAAGUGCAUUUCUAUACGUACGUUAAGUACAACUAUCCACACUCACGCAAUAUAUAAAACGCAACGAAAAUCGGUCGAGAUUAGCAUUGGGAUCGAAAUCUUUAUACCGAAUUCGGGAGCAGGCGACAGGCUUUAAUUUGAAAACCACACUCGGCUGAAAACACACAAAGUAGCAGUUUCAACGGCGAUUCUAUGAAGAUGGAAGUGCUCUCAGUACAAAAUCACAUUCAGGGAAAAUUCGGUGUUAAUAAAAUUAAAGACUGGCAAUCUUCAACGGCGCCGCUGGAGGAGGAGGCGGAGCUGACCGCGGUGGUGAAUGGGAACACAGCCGUUGGCGAGGGAGUCCUUGACGUCGACGUGGUUGAUGGCCAUCCGGCCUCCGUGUUGCACAUGCGACAGCAUCAGGCUCUCAACACCCGCCCAAUUGCGCCGCCCCCGGCGUCGGGAGGCGGUGGUCCGUUGGCGGGUGGCGGAGGAGGGACCGGAGUGGGCACUCCCAAACAGGCCACCUCCCCGAUGGCGGCGGCCAGUUUCGAGGUGCCCGUUAGCGGUGCAGCCGCCUAUCACCACGCGUACAUGACCAACGUGCUGGCCAGUACCGCCCAGCAGCAUCAGUAUCAGCACCCACUGCCCGCCUCGCCGCUGCAGUCGACGGCCGGCGCUCGAUUUGGCGCCGCCGACAACCUGGACGAUGUGAGCGCCAGCGCGGUGCGGGAACUGUCGCAACAACUGCAGGCCCAGCUGCGGGACGCCAAGAGACGCCACCUGGCCUGCACCGAGGUCACGCUGCCCAACGACCUCACGCAGCGCAUCGCCGCCGAGAUCAUCCGGAUGUCGGAGCGGGAGCCGUGCGGCGAGCGGGCCUGCACGCUCUUCAUCGAGUUCGAGAGCGAGCCCAAUAAAGUCAGGCGUAUUGCUUCGUUCAAGGUGGACCCGGAUACGGUAUCCAUAUUCGAGUUGUACUUGACUUUGAGGCAGGACAAGAGCGGCUGGACCUCCCUGCUGCCGCAGUUCAUAAAAAACCUCACCCGUAGCAAUACCAUCAACAUCAGUCCCGACUUCACGCUGACCAAGAACAAGCUUUACCCAUCGGAGUGAGUCGCUCGACGGAGGAGCCGCAUGGAGUGCGAACCAGGAUCGCUGGGCUGCUCAAAACUCAAUCCCUCCGAACAACAACAACAACAACAGUAACAGCAGCAGAAAUAAGAGCAGCAAUCGCAAUAGCAAACAUCUCCUCGGUCGCGAUCUCCAAGACUCAAGAUCUUUAUGAUGGAAUACGGAGAGAUAAUGUUUAACCCGUAGAGGCAAACUUUUGGACCACAAACUAUCAACUUACUCCUGCAAAUAACAAAUCAACUCUACGCUAAAGCAAAAACAAUUAUUUUGGAACCUAAGCUCUAAAACAAAACCAAAAAACCAAAACGAAAACAAAAACAAAUCAACUGCAGUUGCAGGCAACUCAAAACUCUUAUUGGACUGACUUUUUGGCUUAAACAAAAAAGGUACUUUUUGAAAAAUGAAAAAAAUUGCAAAAAAAAAAGAAGUAUUGAAAAUGAGGAGAAAGAGAAGAGCACACAAAA